AUAUGUGAGGCACUUACGUAUAAACUUAACUGGAAACCAGUAUUACAAGAGAAGGCACUUCGAGAACAUCCGCAGGGGAGAGAUUGACCGGAUCUGACGUCACACAUCCUUGCGUGCCAUAAAAGGAAUUUGUUUGCAUCGGGGAAAGUGACAGUACACAGCCACCGUGACAUUUGUGAGUUUCCCUUGGGAGAGGACGAACCCCUGCUUGUCAGCACCCCUCCCUUGAUAUAGUAUUGACUAACAAAAUGCACCAGGAACUUGAAUAUAACUUUGGCCAGAUGGGUUUGUAUGAGCAGUCAUCUACCAGGAAGAUGCCGCCAGCUGUCGCCCCCAAACCUCGCAGGAACAAUGACGCACCAGCUCCAUUCAGACCCGGAGCCAGUGCAUACAGACAGUUUAAUCCACCUGAUGACGAUUUUCCUCCACCUCCCCCACCUCAGACAGCCUACUCCGAUGACAUCCAGGGUUACCCUCCUCCACCUCCUCCCCCUCCGGACACUGCUAAAGAUUACGACAGUCAAGAAGAUUACAUGCCACCCCCUCCCCAGGUCCCUCAGUCUCAGACUGGCAUGUACGGACGUCAGUCCCCAGCCAAUGUAGGAUACAGUAGUGGAACUUCUCCUGGUAAUACAGGAUACAGUUCCGUGUCUUCCCCUGGAUACAGUGGCCAGACUUCUCCAAGGUAUGGUGGCCACACAGCACCUAGAUAUGCUCCCCAGUCACCUGACCGGUCGUCGGGACGUACAUCAUCGCCUGCCUACAACACCUCAUAUAGCCCUCCUAACAGGGAGGGACAGACUGAAUACACCCAAGUGUUUCAGGGAGGUAGACAGUCCCCUAAACCCUACACCCUAAGGUCCACCUCCCCAGCCGGACGCACAUCACCUUAUGGCUCAAGUAACUAUGCCAACCUGCCAGGAUACUCCUCGGUAGGGCCCCCACAGCAACAGGAACCAGCUAUCUAUGCCAGACCUAUCAGUACCAGCUCAGAGGGUUUCACACCAUCCUACCACCAGGUUGUCGUGGAAGAUGACCGACCACUGCCCGGCCCUCAGGUCCCAGCAGGCAAGAGCUCACCUGUCAGCCCUACUCAACCUUCAAGUGGAAAAGAAGCUGAAGUUGAUGCAUUGACCAAUCUUCUUAUGGCUAACAUGGAGUCUACGAAGGAACCAGAUUACUUUGGAAUGUGCAGUAGGUGUAGUAAGAAGGUGAUGGGUGAGAACAAUGCCUGUACAACCAACGACCAGGUGUAUCACAUCGCUUGUUUUACCUGUCUUGGUUGUGGGACAAUGCUGAGAGGGAAAUCCUUCUACUCUAUGGACAGUAAACCCUACUGUGAAACCUGUUACCUGAAUACAUUAGAGAGAUGUUCUGUAUGUUCCAAGCCAGUCACAGACCGUCUGCUGAGAGCUACGGGUAAACCCUAUCACCCUGGCUGUUUUACCUGUGUCGUUUGUGGAAAGAGUCUAGAUGGAAUACCAUUUACUGUGGACGCCACCAACCAAAUUCACUGCAUAGAGGACUUCCACAAAAAAUUUGCUCCACGCUGCUGUGUGUGUCAGCUGCCUAUUAUGCCAGAUGUAGGACUGGAGGAGACUGUGAGAGUGGUCGCUAUGGACAGGAGUUUCCAUGUCCAAUGUUAUCGUUGUGAGGACUGUGGUUUGCUGUUGUCAUCUGAGGCAGAGGGUCGGGGAUGCUACCCACUUGAUGAACACAUACUGUGCAAGAACUGCAAUGCCAAACGGAUACAGAACAUGACAACUAAGAUGACCACAGAGUUAUAACUGGCUGGACAUCUGAUGACCACAGACUUAUAACUGGCUGGACAUCUGAUGACCACAGACUUAUAACCGGCUGGACAUCUGAUGACCACAGACUUAUAACCGGCUGGACAUCUGAUAACCACAGACUUAUAACCGGCUGGACAUCUGAUGACUUACAAAGAAUAUCUAUGAGAAAUGGACAAAAAUCAUGAGUGCAUGAACAAAAUUGAUGUAAAUGGACUUUGUCCUUUUGUCACCUUGACGGCAUAUGUGUAAUAUAUUCUAUUGUGACAGCAAACAAACAAUAUUUUUUUCAUAAUGGGAAGAAGGACUGAGGUCACAAUGAUAAAAAUUUAACAAUAUUAUGACAAAGUUUUGUAGAGUUAUGUUAGAAGUUAAUGGUAAAUAUACUCA